AUGCGAAUUGUUUUUCAAGUUUGCGAUUCGGUGGUUGCAGAUUUAGUAGAGCUGGAAAAGAUGAACACCAAAGCCAGGACUAGGCUGUACCCUAUGAAAGCCCCGGUUACGACUGGAAAAGAUUUCAUAUUAGCCAUUGUUAUUUAUUUGCGUAGGUGGAUUCUGACCUCUUUAGCCUUGAAUGAAAAGGCAGAAAUGCAGGGAAGCUUGCGAAAGGGCGCUGCUAAUAAAGUCGAAGGUGGAAAAGCCUCUGGUACAGAUAGAAUAACGUCAUUGCAACAAGAUAUUCAUGAGUUGAAAAUGAAGCUUAGGCAUGAAGAGAACAUCCACAGAGCAUUGGAGAGGGCUUUUAACAGACCUUUGGGAGCUCUGCCUCGUCUUCCUCCGUAUCUCCCCCCCUGCAUACUAGCGCUUCUGGCUGAAGUAGCAGUUCUGGAAGAGGAAAUUGUUAGGCUUGAAGAGCAGGUAGUACAAUCCAGGCAGGACUUGUACCAGGAAGCUGUCUACUUGUCAUCUUCUAAGAGAAGAAUGGAUCGUUCAGCUAAUGUAAGCAAUGCAAAUUCAGUUGGAAGCCCAAGACAAGUCAAAUUGAAGUCUUCUUCCCGUACAAUAGAUCGGCAAGGAAGGGAGAAUGAAUCCUGCACUUAUUCUUUCAAGAGAAGCAAGCAUUUCUCAUGUAACAGCCAAACAACUAAAAUUCCAAUCAAGAAACUUUCAAAUGAUAAUAAAUCAGGGCAGAAGUGUUGGGAUCCUCGUAAGAGACAGCCAGAAAUAAGGGUGAAAAACAAAUCAAUGGCAGAAGUAGGGAAUCCUGGUCCUCAUGAAAAAGCACUGGGAGAUGACAGCCCUAAUAUUAUUUCUGAAAAUAUUUUGAAGUGCUUAUCAACCAUUCUCAUGAGAAUGAGUUCAGUGAAGAAUCCCGGCCCUGCAGGUGACAUGUCAUCGUUAUUGGCUCCGAAAACUCACAACUACGUUGAAGGAUGGGAUCCUUAUGGUAUCUGUUUGGGAUUUGGGAAGCAGGCUACUGGUCCAUAUAAUCAGCUAUGUGCAAUUGAAGCCAGAUCUUUCAAUCCAAAACGAGCCGCAAAUUCUUUGAUUUUACUGUGUAGAUUAAAAAUUCUUUUGAGGAAACUUGCCUCCGUCAAGUUAGGAAGCCUCAACCACCAGGAGAAACUUGCAUUCUGGAUCAACAUCUAUAAUUCCUGUAUGAUGAACGCCUUCAUAGAGAAUGGCAUUCCUGAGAGUCCUGAAAUGGGUGUUUCACUGAUGCGGAAGGCAACAAUAAAUGUGGGUGGACACUUGCUAAGUGCAAACACUAUCGAACAUUUCAUCCUAAGACUUCCUUACCACUGGAAAUUUACAUUUCUCAAGGGAGCAAAGAGUCAUGAAAUGACAGCAAGAAGCAUAUUUGGACUGGAAUUUUCAGAACCUCUAGUGACAUUUGCACUCUCCUGUGGAACUUGGUCCUCUCCUGCUGUGAGAAUUUAUACAGCGUCCCAGGUUGAGAGCCAGCUGGAAGACGCAAAAAGGGAGUACUUGCAGGCUGCAAUUUACAUUUCAACGUCCAAGAUUGCUAUACCAAAACUACUUGAUUGGUAUUUAUUAGACUUUGCAAAAGACUUGGAAUCAUUGCUGGAUUGGAUCUGCCUCCAGUUACCAAGUGAACUUGGGAAAGAAGCCAUCAAGUUCAUUGAGAAAAGAAAAACCCAGCCCCUCUCACAAUUUGUACAAAUUAUACCAUAUGACUUCACUUUUAGAUACCUUCUAUGUACAUGAUUUUUGUUAGUUUUCUGUGCAUGGUCUUAUUUGUAUACUACUGUAGAUCUUACAUAUAAAGAAUAUAGAUAGCCAUUUGUCUUCC